UAGGGAUGGAAUGAAAGCUUUUCUUUUCUCUUUCCUUUAUUUCUUUCUUCUUCACAUAUUCAUAUACACAGACACACCCCUCACUUCCAAAUAUCUUCCUCUCCUCUUACCCUACCAAUUCCCAUUUUCUUGGAUUUUUCUGUUCCACUUCUUGCCCUAAGCCUCUCUUGCCAAAUAGCUCAACCCUAACUUAGCUGAAGUUAAAAGGGAAGCUGACUAUAGGCAAAAAUAAAGGAAAAAAAAAAGCCAAAGAAGUUAGCUACCUGUUUUAUUACUUUUGUUAAGGCAAAGAAAAUUCUGUUCCAAGAUAACUGAUCUGGUUAGAGCUGAAGCUUUCUUCAAAGUACCUGAGGAAGAGUUGCAGAUCUGUUGUUGUGGCUUUGGAUUCUAAGUUGUACUACAAAAGAUCUGUUUUUUUCACUUCAAUCAGUGAAGGAAAAGAAAAAUCAAAAUAUACCUUUUAUUUUGUUAUGUUCAUUGCUGAGAACUCGACACCUGUUACAACAACCAACAUUGUUCAAAACUGUGGCUGCCAUUUUUCAGGCUUUGCUUUUGAAAGCACUGCAACUGCAAAAAGCUUGAACGAGGCAGGAUAGUCUCCUGACUUGGACCGUGAUAUCUCAAAGCGUAAAAAAAGGCCUUUUAUCACUACAUAACCAAAGUACUCUCUGUAUACUAGUCAUCAAUAUUCAAUGCAUAGAACAUCUCAACCCCACCUGCAUUUCUUCCCUCACACCUCCACCAUCAUCUCCUCUUUCUCUUUCUAACAUUACUCCAAAACCCUAGAUUUUCUCUCUAUCUCUUUGCAAGUGAAAUAAACACAACAAAAGAAAAGGACAAAAGGUAAGUGGGGGUUAUUGUUUGGGGUGGGGAGGUUUUGAGUUUUUAGUCUGUGACAAAAGGAAUGAAAUUGGUAUGGAGGUGGAUGACAUUCAGACACAAGCCUUUAAGUUCUCGAGAGUUGGUAAUGAAAGAAAUGACUCAAGCAAGAUAGGCCAAAAAGGUAGUGACAACUACCCUGAUGAUGAGGAAGACGGGGAGCUCAUCAAAAGGUCUGGUGCAAACGGUGGAGGAGGAGGAGGGGUGGGUGGUGCUGGUGCUGACACUGUUGGUACUAAUCCGCUUCGAGGUUGGCACCACUCUUCGAGAAUUAUUAGGGUUUCUCGAGCCUCCGGUGGCAAAGAUCGGCACAGCAAGGUUUGGACUUCAAAAGGGUCAAGAGACAGGAGGGUAAGGCUAUCUGUCACCACAGCUAUACAAUUUUACGAUCUACAAGAUCGGUUGGGCUAUGAUCAGCCUAGUAAAGCUGUAGAGUGGCUAAUUAAAGCUGCUGCUGAUGCAAUUGCGGAGCUUCCUUCACUUAACAGUUCAUUUCCUGAUAGACCAAAGCAAUUGAAUAAUGAGAAAAGAGAAAGUGGGGGAACAGAACAAGGGUUCGACUCAGCUGAAGUAGAGUUAGAUGGUGAUCCACACAAUUACCAACAAAACCAAAGCCAACACCUUUCUUUGUCCAAAUCAGCUUGCAGUAGCACGUCUGAGACUAGUAAGAACUCGGGUUUAUCCCUUUCAAGGUCCGAGAUCCGUGUGAACCGUGUAAAGGCCCGGGAACGAGCCAGGGAAAGGGCAGCAAAAGAAAAGGAGAAAGAGCAUGAGUCUCGCAUUGCACACCACCAAAAUGUGAACCCCAUUUCUCAAAACUCCUUUACGGAGUUACUUACCAGUGGUAUUGGCAGUGUUAGCAACAAUAAUACUAGUCCUACAGCUUCAGCUCAUCAAAACCCCAAUGCGGAGCCUGAUUUUUUCCACAAGGCUAAUACUGCCAGGCAGUGGCCUGUGACUCAAAUGGAUUACUUUCCCACUGGGCUCUUAGGCCCUUCUUCCUCUUCAAGAAGUCCUCAUUCUUCAGGAUUUCCAGGACAAAUCCAACUAGGAAACUCUUUGCCACAACCAAUAUCAAUUCCACCAUUCACUGUGUCGGGUGAAAAUCAUCAAGAGUUGCAGCAUUUUUCGUUUGUUCCAAAUCCUGACCAUCUGAUCCCGGUGGCGACAACACAACCGGGGCCAGGGGGUGACUACAACCUUAACUUCACAAUCUCUUCCGGCCUUGCUGGUUUCAAUAGGGGGACCCUUCAGUCCAAUUCUCCGUCUUUUUUGCCUCAUCACCUCCAGAGGUUUUCUUCCAUAGACGGAUCAUCACCCUUCUACAUUGGUACACCACCAAUGGAGAAUCAUCACUACCAUCAGUUCCCAGCUGGAUUAGAUGGCCGCUUGCAGCUCUGCUAUCGGGAUGGAAGCAAGAGCUCAGACCAGAAAGGAAAAGGAAAGAACUAAUCAGUUUCCUGAAGACGUUUCCUCUUGACCCCAUCUUUUCUCUGAAAAGCAAAGAUGGAGGAAGCGAUGGCGAAGCAGUGACAGUGAAUGCAUUCCUUUCCCUGCAUUGGGCGAUACCUUUAUUAUUGUGCUUUGUUAGUAUUUCUGGUUUAUCCAUUUUGAAGUCGUGAUUCAGCUGGCAUUGGCGUAAUGGGAUAUAUUUAUUUAUGCGUGCAAAAAGCAUUGUGUGUUUCCAACAAGUAUAUUCGACUGAAGUAAUUCUUUUUUCCCCUAUCGAUCUCACAAUUAUUCUGAAAAUUGUCUAUAUUUCCUAUCUAUUUGUUGAGAAAAGUGGCCUCAUCAAUGAAUCUGCUUUAUUAAGCCACAAAGCCCUUCUUUCUUACUUAUUUCUUCAAAACAUUAAACCUUAUUUUCUUGUGGUUAAGGUUGAUAACCAAUGGCAGCUCCCAUA